AAAAUAUUGGCAACUUAAAAUUAAUAACCAUGAACCAGAGGGACACAAUGUGCUGAAUAUUUUCUCAUGCACACUCCCAUUCUCAUGACAUCAGCAGGGAGAUAUGGGCAUCCUAAGACUGAUCGCCAGAAUCAUGGGUAGGAUCAGUACUUUUAGGUCCUAUCAGUUUGUGCUCCUCCUGGCUGCUGCACUUGCUGUUGUAGCUUUUUACUACUUUGGCUCAGAGAGGCAGAACUUCUCCAGCACCACAAAGAGGAUCAAGCAGACCCAGGCCAGUCACAACGCCAACAGAAAUGACGCUGAUUUAACUGUAGACACCAGGCUCUCGCAUUCAGCUGGAUCUGAGGAGCAAGGAGGGGAGGAGCAAGAUGGGGGAGUGGGUGAGAGAUUUGGGCCCAGGAAAGGGGACGGACGCUACCAUGCACUCAUGAUGUUCACUAAGGUGGACAAGAGCCGCAGCCUGCAGGACAAGUUCAGGGUGGCCAUGUUGUCUAUGGUGAAGCACGGACACUUCAUGGAAGGAGAGGUGCUGGUCCUGCAUUUUGUGAGUGACCAGGCCAGCAAAGAACUGGGAGAGAGGAUGCUGCAGGAGUUUCUCCUUGAUGCAACGUUUAAGUACGAGGUGUUGUUCCAUGACGUGGUGGCUCUCACACAGAAGCUGUUCCCUAUUGUAGAGGCCAUGCAGAAGCACUUCAGCGCUGGCUCUGGGGCUUACUACAGUGAUGCCAUCUUCUUCCUGUCUGUUGCCAUGCAUCACAUCAUGCCUGAAAGUCUGACGCGCAUAGUGCAGCUCGAUUUGGACCUGAAAUACAGGACCAACAUCAGGGACCUUUUCCAAGAAUUUGACCGGUUUCCUCCAGGAGCGGUAAUAGGCAUUGCCAGAGAGAUGCAGCCAGUCUACAGACACACCUUCUGGCAGUAUCGUAAGGAGAACCCUCAGACCAGAGUAGGUGAUCCACCUCCUGAAGGCCUCCCAGGCUUCAACAGCGGCGUCAUGUUAUUGGAUCUCGGUGCAAUGAGGGACUCUGCUCUCUACAACAAACUAUUGAAGCCUAGCAAUGUUGCCAAACUAGCAGACCAGUAUCGCUUCAGGGGCCACCUGGGGGACCAGGACUUCUUCACUAUGAUCGGCAUGGAGCAUCCUGAGCUAUUUUAUUCGCUGGCGUGUGGGUGGAACCGGCAACUGUGUACAUGGUGGAGGGACCACGGAUACGGAGACGUGUUUCAGCUGUAUUACCGUUGUGAUGGGUAUGUCUACAUCUACCAUGGGAAUUGCAACACCCCAAUACCAGAUGACUGAUGAAGCCAAAAAAACAUCUUCCUGCUUUUUAGAAAGGAGGAUUGUGACUUUUACAAAGGUUUCCUUUCUUGACCACUAUACUGCCUGUGUAGUCACAGACUCCCCUUGCUGGUCAAGGCGCUACUGAGGGCCUGCCCAUACAAAGUUGCUACAAGUAUGGUGUUCACCUGUGUCAUUUUAGACUACAUUUUGGCAUCCAGGCUGAAAACAGCUCUGUGUUACAGCAAUGCAAGGAGCUGCAAUAGUUAGGGUGUGUUUCUUCACGUUCAGAGAUGUUGAUAUGAUGAAAUAUGGUCUAUGCAGUUUGGUAUGAAGAACAGAUUAAUUCAUUUGAAGACAUAAUGGUAGAAAAACGUGUUUUUGCCCGUAGCUGAUUUGCCAACACAGAACCUUGCUGGACGUGAGGCAACACCCUACUGCCUCAACACUGGAGUCAUUCAAAUGAAACUGGUCUGACAGUAUGAAUGAGGCCUAAUGCGUUAUAAAUAGUUGAUGUCCGACAAUUUUUCUUUUUAUUUGCUAAAAAAGUUCAUUUCAAUAAAUGUUGUUUUUUGUUUUGAGGAGAAUCUACAAGAUCCUGUCCGUUAACCAAACUGUUGAUAAUUCUGAAGGGAUUCCUAUUGCUAACAAAUGGUUUAAUAUAAUCUGCAAUUAAUUCAGGAUGUCAGUGGUUAACUGUUAAUCGGCUAACCUUUGAUAGGUUAACAGCCGACAAUAUUUUUGACCCUUUACACGUCGGUCUGUAGGUUAAUUUUGCUACUCUUUAGUUAACUGUAGGUGUGUCUGGCGUGAGCUAACUAGCUCGCAGAGCCAAUCAUUUAGCAAUUACUGCUAAUAAUGCUGUCCUGACACAGUCCUAAAAACAGUUUGCCCACUCUUCAGUCAUCCUACUCCAGCUCACCCCGGUGAGUAAGUGUUUUGAGCUUUAGCAUCUUAUCACUGUGAGCUCUGUUACUGUUGUUAGCAGUGUCAGCAUGGCUAGUGGUGCUUCCAUAGUUAGUCAUGCUGAAAGGUUUUUGUCGUCAAAAUGAAUCCACUUAGUCACUGACGUGACCUGGGGGGGAGACUGGAGGGUGGGCAUAACGCUCCCCUAGCAGCACAUUCUGCCACUGGGAUGGUGUUAUCAGCUGAACACUGAAUGGGCAUCACCACUAGCUACCUAACAUUAGCUCUCACCUGACCAGGGCUGCACAGUGCAUAAUGGCCUAGGAACCAGUUGAGACUGGAGGUUGGGCAGUGGGCAUGUUUCCACAUGUUAACAUGGCUGUCUGACAGCAAAGCCACAAGAAAAUAAAAGACAUUAACAUCACAAAACAUUAAAACUUCACCACCUUCAAACAGAUAGUGCUUUGAAAUGCAACACUUAAGUCCAUUAUGAUCAUGGUAUGAAAAGAAAGGCCAUUUAGUAUUUACUGUCCUUCUUUUCUUAAAAGUUAACUGGUUAGUUACCAGUCAAUGAGUGUCGGCCUAUAGAAAGCAAAACUAAGAGAAACCCUACAAUGAAUAUAGAGUGUGCUAAUGUAAUAAUUGGUUUAUAAGCAAAGUGUCUCAUACCUUGGAUUUGCAGAACCUCAAGCUUCCUGUGUCCUUCCUUUCCUUAUCUUCCUGCAGCACCACACCAGGUGAAGGCUAACCUGGGUAACGCCAUUUAUUUCCCUCCUCUGUAGCUUGCAGGAGAACGGGAGGGGUUUGUUCUCCAUCUUUCCAGAGACACGUGUGCCCAGGGCACACUGCCACAGUUUAAACAUGUCUGUCUGCAGGUUGAAAGAAAGGGGGGAACAAAAAUCCCAUCAGAGAAAGGAAGAGGUUUUGGGGGGAUAACGUUUACCAGUGAUGGCUGUUGUUUGUGCCCUGCAUUUACAGGUUAGCUGAGGCCAAACACGCACGUUUCAGAAGAAGUGAGGCGGCCGUGCAGACACUGACCCACUUUUGAGUUUUCUUGCUGUGCUCACUGAACUGCCACUUGGAUUCAAAGAAAUGUCACACUCAAUAGUAAUCAGUCAGGAUAUUGUCUGCAGUGAUGCACACUUUAACACACAUACACAUAGUGGGAGUGAAGCAGCUGAAUAGCAUGCAACAUCAGUGGAGUCAGACUCCUGCAACUGAAGACACUUAGAAUAAACAAUCUAAAAUCAAUGUGCUUCCCCUGAACUCACUGUGAAAUUGGUCAAUUUUUUUCUUGCUCUUUCCGAACGACAUUAUUGUCUCCUUAGCUUUAAGAACACAUUGUUAGCCAGAGAAAAACUGCAGAAUCAGAGUAAAUACAGAAAAAUAACUUCCUCCUAAUUGCACUUUACACUUCAAAGCAAACACCUAUCUCACCUAAGGGUAGUGUUGACUAGACGAUUGUCUGAUUUAUUUUUACUAUUGAUUAUUUGCUUGUUUUACAGACCAUUCCAAUGUAAAAUUUGAUCCAUUAACUAUAAAAGUUCAUCAUUAGUUUGUGACUGAUUUCCUACUCUUCAGGCAGUGAUUGCUUUCCAUUUCCUUCAAUACAGUAUGAAAAUUGCAAAGACUAAACGCUGCUUAAGCCUGAUAAUCCAUCAUGGUGAGAACUUUGUAUUUUUUGUCAGUACAUAAUUAUGUUGUACUGCAGUAGCACAUUUCAAGAUUGUUAAUAGCAGUGCACUGGAGGACCUACACAGAAUUAUUAUCUGCUGAAGAAGAUACAUGUACAGAAUCUGUUUAAAAACGAAUCCUCAAGUAAAAAAUCCAAAUAUGGACACAGAAAAAAGGACUAAUGAAUCUAUUCAUGGCUUCGAUUAAGAAUUCAAUUCAAUUCUUGAAUCUCCUGUUGGUAUGAGCGUUUUUUAUGAAGGUAAGUGAGUGCUGCUUACAGCUGCAUUAUGUUGACAAACAAAAAAAAACAAGAAAUGCAAUAAAUAAUUUAAUGUGGUGGAUAACUAUUCCUCAAUACUUUUUAAGUUUCUUUAAGUUGACAUCCGAAGUGUAGUUUAAAAAAAAAUUUAAAUAACUGGCAAAAGACAGAAAGAAAGCUAAUCUAAAAAAGUAUGUGUUGCUCUGGUGGGCAUAUUGCAAAAUGUUAGCUCAUGGGCUAAAACAUGCUCAUCUAACGAUAUUAUCCUAAAAUAUCCUGUCUGUGUUUUGUCAACUGUUUAUCCAUGUGUACGUUAUAUAUCCAUCACAAGUUUUGACAAAGCUUUAUUUUUUGGGUCCAUAAUCUGCCACUACUUCCUAAUGUUAGUUUAGUUUUGUGGAAAUAACUGCAAUGUGAUACUAAUAUAAUAGGGAAAAACACAUUCAUUAUUCAUUUAUUGAUCAUUCAUAUAUAUUAUUAUUAUUUCGCAUGUUCAGAAGACCUUACUGUGACUAAAAUAAUUAUUUUCCCUAUAAUUAGUAUCAAAUUACAUACCUGUCUUUUUUCAGGAACCUCGUUUGAAAUUAUUAGGAAAUGAUGGACUUUUAAAAUAAAAUACCGCCUAAAUUUUACAUGUUACUUUUAGCUCCAUUCAAACACUCCUGUGUAUAAUAUGAGAUCCUGAAUAACUGAAGUUUCAAGAUUGUGUCUAUUGAGAAUAUAUCUGGUUUAACUUGAUAAAUGUAUUAAAGGUUGUUACACUUUUCCCAGUCCGUUGCUUCAGUGUAAAAAUGUAAAUGACUCUUUUGUAUCAGUAAACUGAAUGUGCAAUUAUUAUUUUAAAGGGCUAACAGAUGUUUGCAAAUAAGUGUACUGUAAAUGUUCCAUAUUUCAUACAGGAACCCCUUGACCGAUUAGAAAGGUGUUGUGUUCAGUGUUAAAGACUCAAGUUGAAAAAAGCAAAUGUGAAAGCAUCUUUAAAUGAAGCCAAACAUUUUUUUCAAAUGCUGUCUUGAAAGAAUGUUUCACCUCAAUAACCUUUCGUAGGCGAGCUUCCUGAGACACAGAUACAGUAAACUUCCUGUUUUGUUCAGAUGUUUGUCUAUAUUAUUUUACAACUUUGAAAUUAUGUUUCUGUUGUGGUUUCAGCUUUCCUGAAUAAAUUAUAUG